CGCAGGGCACCGCCAACAUCCAUGAACAAACUUCACUGGGAUACUACUGGGAAGAGCAGAGGAUAUCUGUCCUGAGGAAUCCUUGUAAUUGUGCCAUUACAAGGUGUGAGUCCUCAUCCAUGUCCCUCUCAGCGAACCGAAGGCCAUCUGCUGGUUUCCGCAGGUGGCCUGCUGCCCCAAGCAGCACUCGACACUCGCAUGGAGACUCGUCUGUCCGUAGCAGUUACUCAACAGCGUCCUGCAAGUGCACAGAGAGCAAUACUGUACCACGCUCCAACCCAGCCACACCACGACGGCAGGCAAAGUAUGCAACCUGUAGUGAGAAUCACGGGAUCCGUCCGCCUGCUCCUGAGCAGUAUCUCACCCCACUGCAGCAGAAGGAAGUGUGUAUUCGCCACUUACAAGCUCGGCUGAAAGAAAACGUGGAGAGGCUUCAGGACCGAGACUCUGAGAUCGAGGAGUUACGGAUGCAGCUGACUCGGAUGCAGGACGAUUGGAUCGAGGAGGAAUGUCAUCGCAUAGAGGCCCAGCUGGCCCUAAAAGAGGCCCGGAUGGAGAUCCGGCAGCUUCAGCAGGCUGUGGAAACCGUUAGGUCCAAUCUGGGGCCCCAUGAGGUAGAUCAACAGGACUGUAAAUCUGAAGGUCUAGGCGUCGGUAGGAUAGGCCCACGAUUUGGGGCAUCCAGGUCUUGUGGCUGCUCUCCGGCCCACACCAUGAGUCGCAGCGCCACCUUCACCAGGCUGAGCAGUGACUCGUCACUUGGUGCUACAGAAUGCAACGGAAACGUACGUUCUGAUCGCUACAUUCCUCCCAACAGAGGGGCGAUGACGUUACCAAGAGGGGACGGACGUACUCAUCUACUUCUGGAAGCAGCUCUACUGUCUGAGCAAGUUCCUCAUGCAACGCUAUGCUCCACUUUGUCACGAUCCUUCACCGGCGAGAGAUUGUGCAGCGGAGAGACGGUGUUGCCCGUUAGCCGAUCCUGCCAUGCUGUUAACAACAACUGCAGCUGUGCUCCACAUGCCUACCUCCCACACCACCAUUUGUUUUUGCACCUCCCACAGGAGGAAGCACGACCUCCUCCUCCGCUGCCGCCUCCACCACCGCCAACAGCGCCCCCUAGUGCAUCGGAGGUCAGUGACAGGCCAGGGUACCGGUCACAGGCCUGCAGCCCCACCAUAACCUGGAUCUCCGAAGAGGGCGCAGGUGAGGAAUUGAGCAUCAUCACUUCAGCAACUUGCGUGCCAGACAUUACUCUAGCUGAACCACAGGUGUUUUCGCCAUCCUCUGCAACUACUUCCCCUAUUUAUUUCUAUGCCCAUGUUUUUUUUUUUAAUCAUGGCAGAGACUCUGUGAUCGGGGAGUUACGGAUGCAGCUGACUCGGAUGCAGGAGGAUUGGAUUGAGGAGGAAUGUCAUCGCAUAGAGGCCCAGUUGGCCCUAAAAGAGGCCCGGAAGGAGAUCCGGCAGCUUCAGCAGACUGUGGAAACUGUUAGGUCCAAUCUGGGGGCCCAUGAGGCAGAUCAACAGGACUGUAAGUCUGAAGGUCUAGGUGUCGGUAGGAUAGGCCCACGAUUUGGGGCAUCCAGGUCUUGUGGCUGCUCUCCGGCCCACACCAUGAGUCGCAGCGCCACCUUCACCAGGCUGAGCAGUGACUCGUCACUUGGUGCUACAGAAUGCAACGGAAACGUACGUUCUGAUCGCUACAUUCCUCCCAACAGAGGGGCGAUGACGUUACCAAGAGGGGACGGACGUACUCAUCUACUUCUGGAAGCAGCUCUACUGUCUGAGCAAGUUCCUCAUGCAACGCUAUUGUCACGAUCGUCACGAUCCUUCACCGGCGAGAGAUUGUGCAGCGGAGAGACGGUGUUGCCCGUUAGCCGUGCUGUUAACGCUGUUAACAACAACUGCAGCUGUAUUCCACAUGCCUACCUCCCACACCACCAUUUGUUUUUGCACCUCCCACAGGAGGAAGCACCACCUCCUCCUCCGCUGCCGCCUCCACCACCGCCAACAGCGCCCCCUAGUGCAUCGGAGGUCAGUGACAGGCCAGGGUACCGGUCACAGGCCUGCAGCCCCACCAUAACCUCGAUCGCCGAAGAGGGCGCAGGUGAGGAAUUGAGCAUCAUCACUUCAGCAACUUGCGUGCCAGACAUUACUCUAGCUGAACCACAGGUGUUUUCGCCAUCCUCUGCAACUACUUCCCCUGCUCAGAUGUCAUACGUCACAGAGACUUUGCCGCUAGACAACACAGUUGAAUUUACAUCAUCAACAACGACGGCGACAGUGUUGAUGAAGCCACAGGUUCAACAACCUUGUCCCAGAGCGUCACCACCUUUCGAGCCACCACCACAAGAAGAAGCGGUAGUAAGGGUCAGUGGCGAAGAUGGAAUGGGGGAGGACACAGAAUCAGCUCCCCCUCAGAGGAGCCACUGGAGCCGUUAUUUCCUGAUUGACCUCUUAGCGGUGACCGUUCCUGUAGUUCCCACACUGGCGUGGCUUUGCCGGGGGUCACGGAAUGAAGGCAUGCCAGUGUACAACAUGGGCUCCCUGUUGCGCGGCUGCUGUGCCGUUGCGCUGCACUCUUUAAGACGGGUUGGCCGCGGUCCCUCAGAAACAGGAAGAGCGACACCUAUCUGAUAACUUUAGCAUUACCGUACCAUCAAAAACUUUUAACUGGAUCUGAGUGGACUCUUUGUCCUUGAUCUCCCAGUUUGUGAUUUUUAUUGA